UACAUUUUCGCUUUUCAAUCAGUUGAGUCGAAGAACUGUUGAAUAAGCACAGUUUAGGAAAAAUAUAGCUUAGUGUAACACUGAAAUCACUCAAAUUAGGUUUGAGAUCAGAAUUACAACUGUAGUGUUUGUGUGAAAUUAACGGAAAUGCCAAUCUCUGGAAAAUGGCAAUCAAUAAUAGGUGAAAACGAGCAAUCCAGUGUUAUGUAAAUAUUGAAAUUAGGCAGGAAACGGUAUUGCAAUCCAAAUACUCGGAAAUGAAUUCAAUCAAACAGCAUGGAACAGUAAUCAACCAUUAGCAAUCAGCCAAAGAUUGUUGGAUUAUUUCCGUGCCCACUCUAGGGUGUGGUUGCUGGAGUCUGUGCUGGACCAAACGGCGGCCAUAUUGUGAAAAGUGAAAAAAUGCUGGGCCGAAAGCAGAGCAUUAAGGGCGAACCCAUUCUGGCAGAUUACGGCCCGGAGGAAUCCCUCAACGAAAGUGCCGAUAUCGAAUGGGUUAACAAGCGAUGGGUUCGCCGGUUGAUGCGCCUGUGCGCGCUAGUAUCGCUCACUUCGGUAUCGAUGAACACACCGAAAACGUUCGAGAGAUAUCCGUUUCUCCAAUAUCUCACACUAUGCAGCGAUACCGUAGUCACCUUGCUGUUCACAGCGGAAAUGAUUGCCAAAAUUCACAUACGGGGCCUGAUAAGGGGAGAAGCACCAUACCUGAAGGAUCACUGGUGCCAAUUCGACGCUUCCAUGGUGUUCUUCCUUUGGGCGUCCGUGGUGCUGCAUAUCUUCGAGAUGCUUGGAAUAUUACCCAAAUUUCACUAUCUCACCAUCUUGCGAGCACCGCGGCCCCUGAUAAUGAUUCGCUUCCUCAGAGUCUUCCUAAAGUUUUCCAUGCCAAAAAGUCGAAUCAACCAGAUUUUCAAACGAUCCAGUCAGCAAAUCUACAACGUCACGUUGUUCUUCCUGUUCUUCAUGUCGCUGUACGGAUUGUUGGGAGUACAGUUCUUCGGCGAACUGAAGAACCAUUGCGUUCUCAAUACGACGGAAAAAGAGGGUCUAACCGUGAAUUCCUUAGCAAUACCAGACACAUUUUGUUCAACGGAUCCUGACUCCGGAUAUCAAUGUCCCACUGGCAUGAAAUGCAUGAAAAUGGACUUUCUCACUAAUUACGUACAGGGCUUCAAUGGAUUCGAAGAUAUUGCUACAAGCAUAUUCACGGUUUACCAGGCAGCCUCCCAAGAGGGCUGGGUCUUCAUAAUGUACCGUGCCAUAGACAGUCUUCCAGCUUGGCGAGCAGCAUUCUACUUCAGCACGAUGAUUUUCUUCCUAGCAUGGUUGGUGAAGAACGUUUUCAUCGCUGUCAUUACCGAAACGUUCAACGAAAUUCGGGUCCAGUUCCAACAGAUGUGGGGAGUUCGAGGACAAAUUCAAAAUAGCACUGCGUCUCAGACGAUAACUGGAGAUGACACCGGCUGGAAGUUGAUUACAAUCGAUGAGAAUAAGCAUGGUGGCCUAGCCAACGAAACCUGCCACACAAUUUUGAAAUCUCCGUACUUUAGACUGCUGGUUAUGUCUACGAUCUUGGCAAAUGGAAUCGUAACCGCUACAAUGCACUUCAAACAUGACGGAAGGCCAAGACAAGUUUUCUACGAAAAGUACUAUUACAUUGAAAUGACGUUUACCUUUCUGCUGGAUCUAGAAACACUAUUCAAGAUAUAUUGUCUCGGCUGGAGGGGCUACUUCAAGCACUCGAUCCACAAAUUCGAACUGCUGCUAGCCAUCGGAACGAGCCUGCACAUUAUCCCCGGACUGUACCUUUCCGGAUUUACGUAUUUCCAAGUGCUGAGAGUGGUUCGUCUGAUCAAGGCUUCGCCCAUGUUGGAAGGAUUCGUGUACAAGAUCUUCGGUCCCGGAAAGAAGUUGGGAUCACUGAUCAUCUUCACCAUGUGUUUGCUGAUCAUCAGUUCUAGCAUUUCGAUGCAACUGUUCUGCUUUCUUUGCGACUACACCAAAUUCGAAAGCUUUCCAGAUGCAUUCAUGUCUAUGUUCCAGAUCUUGACGCAAGAAGCUUGGGUGGAAGUAAUGGAUGAGACAAUGAUACGCACGAGUAAAACACUGACUCCUCUGGUUGCCGUUUACUUCAUAUUGUACCACUUGUUCGUCACUUUGAUUGUGUUAAGUUUGUUCGUGGCGGUCAUUUUGGACAAUUUGGAGUUAGACGAAGACAUCAAGAAGCUGAAGCAACUUAAGUUUCGAGAACAAAGUGCUGAAAUCAAAGAAACGCUGCCAUUUCGAUUGAGAAUUUUUGAAAAGUUUCCCGAUUCACCGCAGAUGACGAUUUUGCACAGGAUUCCCAAUGAUUUUACAUUGCCGAAGGUUCGCGAAUCGUUCAUGAAGCAGUUCGUGAUCGAUAUGGAUCCUGAAGAUCCAGCGUUCGUCGAGGGUUAUAAACGUCCCGUGUCGGAAUGUUGGGAAUCGAAGGUUGUGUAUCGGAAACAGAAACCGGUCAACGUGAUGAAUAAAACGGCCAAGGUGCGAUCAGUUGGAAGCAGUUUGAGAAAGAUGGCCAUCACGCACAUAAUCAACGAUUCCAACAACCAACGGCUGAUGUUGGGCGAUUCGGCUAUAAUUCCCCAAGCUGGGGCAAAAUCUGGCCUGAAAUCGCAAGGAACCAUCACGCAACACAAACCAUGGAGAAUGGAUCAGAAGAAGUUCGGAUCGAGAUCGAUUCGCCGCAGCGUCCGAAGUGGUUCGAUAAAACUCAAACAAACCUACGAGCACCUGAUGGAGAAUGGAGAUAUUGGCGGAACGGGACGGGUAACAUCUUCUCGAGCCAGACCACACGAUUUGGAUAUCAAGAUAUUGCAAGCAAAACGACAGCAGGCGGAAAUGCGACGAAACCAGCGGGAGGAAGAUCUGCGAGAAAAUCAUCCCUUUUUCGAUACGCCACUUUUUGCCGUACCGAGGGAGAGCAAGUUUAGAAAGAUAUGCCAACGAAUCGUGCACGGCCGGUACGAUGCCAGGCUGAAAGAUCCGCUGACGGGAAAUGAGCGAAAAGUGCAGUACAAAAGUAUGCACAAUUUCCUGGGCCUCGUAACAUAUCUCGACUGGGUGAUGAUCUUCGUGACGACACUAUCCUGCAUAUCGAUGAUGUUCGAAACACCACAGUACAGGGUGAUGGAACACAUAACCCUACAGAUCGCCGAGUACAUUUUUGUCAUCUUCAUGAGUCUCGAGCUGGCUCUCAAGAUUCUGGCAGACGGACUAUUCUUCACCCCCAAGGCGUACAUCAAAGACGUAGCAUCCGUGCUGGACGUGUUCAUCUACGUUGUUUCGCUUUCGUUUCUGAUAUGGAUGCCCCGUCAAGUGCCGAGCAGUUCAUCGGCGCAGCUGUUGAUGAUUCUCCGUUGUUUGAAACCAUUGCGGAUAUUUACCCUGGUGCCUCACAUGCGCAAAGUGGUGUACGAGCUGUGUCGAGGCUUCAAAGAAAUUUUACUCGUAUCAACGUUAUUGAUUCUGCUGAUGUUCAUCUUUGCCAGCUACGGAGUACAGCUCUACGGAGGACGCUUGGCACGUUGCAACGACCCGACGAUCAUCAAGAGAGAAGACUGCGUCGGAGUGUUCAUGAGACGGGUAUUCGUGACGAAGAUGAAGUUGACGCCAGGUGUAAACGAAUCUUAUCCAGCUAUGCUGGUUCCAAGAGUUUGGGCCAACCCAAGAAGGUUUAAUUUUGACAACAUUGGGGAUGCUAUGCUGGCGCUGUUUGAGGUCCUCUCGUACAAGGGAUGGAUUGAUGUACGAGAUGUGUUGAUCAAAGCGCUAGGUCCGGUGCACGCCAUCUACAUCCACGUGUACAUUUUCCUUGGCUGUAUGAUCGGAUUGACACUGUUCGUAGGUGUCGUGAUUGCCAACUAUUCUGAGAACAAAGGAACGGCGCUACUGACCGUAGAUCAGCGCAGAUGGUGCGACUUGAAGAAGCGGUUGAAGAUUGCCCAGCCUCUACAUUUGCCACCGCGUCCAGACGGAAGGAAAUUUAGGGCAUUCGUCUACGACAUAACGCAGCACAUUGCUUUCAAACGUUGCAUAGCGGUAGUAGUACUGGUGAACAGCAUGCUCCUCUCGAUAACGUGGACGAAGGAUGAAAUUCAUACAGAACGGCUGGUGAUUGUCAGCACGUUGCUGACCUUCGUGUUCGUGAUAGAAGUGGUCAUGAAGAACAUCGCCUUCACUCCCAGAGGAUACUGGCAAUCACGACGGAAUCGAUAUGACCUCUUGGUAACUGUAGCAGGGGUAGUGUGGAUAUUCCUCCAAACAACACUGAGAAGCGACUUAUCAUAUUUCAUUGGUUUUAUGGUUGUCAUAUUGAGAUUUUUCACAAUAACUGGCAAGCAUACGACCUUGAAAAUGUUGAUGCUAACGGUCGGUGUCUCAGUGUGUAAAUCGUUCUUCAUCAUCUUCGGAAUGUUUCUGCUAGUAUUCUUCUACGCGCUAGCAGGAACGAUUCUGUUCGGUACGGUAAAAUACGGCGAGGGAAUCGGGCGCCGAGCAAAUUUCGGCACACCAGUGGCUGGAGUGGCAAUGCUGUUUCGUAUCGUAACCGGCGAGGACUGGAACAAAAUCAUGCAUGACUGUAUGGUUCAGCCUCCCUACUGUACACCGGCUGCCAACUAUUGGGAAACGGACUGUGGGAAUUUCACGGCCAGUCUUAUCUACUUCUGCACCUUCUACGUUAUAAUUACAUACAUUGUUCUGAAUCUUCUUGUCGCUAUUAUUAUGGAGAACUUUUCAUUAUUUUACUCGAACGAAGAGGAUGCCUUACUGUCGUACGCAGAUAUAAGAAACUUCCAAAAUACGUGGAACAUCGUGGAUAUACAUCAACGAGGAGUCAUUCCAGUUCGAAGAGUGAAAUUCAUCCUUCGGCUGCUGAAAGGCAGAUUGGAGUGCGACCCGCAAAAGGAUAGACUCCUGUUCAAGUACAUGUGCUAUGAGCUGGAUAAGCUGCACAACGGCGAGGAUGUUACCUUCCACGAUGUUAUCAACAUGCUGUCAUACCGGUCAGUGGACAUCCGAAAAGCCCUUCAGCUUGAGGAACUGUUGGCACGUGAGGAGUUCGAAUACAUCAUUGAAGAAGAAGUAGCCAAACAAACAAUACGAACUUGGCUGGAGGGAUGUUUGAAGAAAAUUAGAGCAAAUAAUCAGAAAGCGCACAACCCUCUAAUAGCUGGCCUACGAGCAACGAACGACAGUCUGCAAAGACAACAGCAACAACAACAGCAGCAAAACCCUCAACAAGAUCAAGUAGAGGAACCGGUUCUAACCAGCAAGGAGGUGAACCCCGAGGCCGAAUCAGCCGAACAGGCAGCCAAAGAGAUAGAAAACAACGCAAAAAAUCGGAAGAAAAAUCAAAACAAUUUAAUCCGGUCGGACUCGACCGGAAGCACUAGUGGCCGGAAGUUCCUGGCACCGACCCUCUCCGAUCCGCAGGCGAAAAACGAAAAAGAUCGCUACAUGACAAAGAAGAAAUCCCAACGUCAGCAGGGUUCGACCACCAAAACCAUCACUCAAAUCAACGAAUUGAACCACAGCCACACGUUGCAUCAGCAUUACCAUCAUCUGACGCAUGGCAGCGAAAUGCAACAGAAUAACAAUAGUAAAGCAGGCCACCCCCACAUUAGUAUGGUCUACGAAGUGUACGACUGGUGGCAGGAGCAGGUUAUUUGUACGCACAGUGACGACGAAGAUGCGUAGCGCGGAAAUAUUAGUUUUCCUAACUGAUAGAUUACCCACCAAACUAAUUUGUUUAGGAUUAAUAUUACCACAGAAAGUUGAGUCGCACAGGGUUAAGCAUUAAAUAGUGUAUUGUUUUUUAUACAUGUUGGAGAUACGAUUGAUUUUAUACUGAAACAAAUAAGUAUUAUGUACUAAUUGAGUUGGAGAUUUUAACAUGCAUACAUGGAAAUGUAAUAAUAGUAGAAAUAAACAAAUUUACAUUGUUCGUGCCCUAUCUUUUUGUAAUGAU